AUGGCACUUGUCCUCCUCGGCAGCUCGUUCCUUGCCGCACCAUGGACACAUGCAAGCGAUUGGCAGGAGCCCAUCCAAUGCACGACGGCCGUCGUUGGAGGUGGCUGGGCUGGCGUGUACUCGGCGUGGCGGCUCGCUCUUGACGCCGCUGCAGCCGACGCGUCUUCGGUCUGCCUAUUCGAGGCGCGUCAGGCGGUGGGUGGCCGCACGUACUCGGUGGACUUGGACGGGCUGACCAUCGACAUCGGCGCAUAUCGCUUCGGCAUGAGUAUGCACCUGCCCGCCGACCUGAUCGUCAAUCAUUUCAAGCUGAAGACCGUCUGCUACGAGCCCUCCUGCUCCCCGGACGCCGAGAUGAACGCCACCCUCUACCGCAUCGUCGCCGCCGACGGCCACAACGCCGGCUACGCCACACCCGUCCGGGCCAUGCUGCGCGAGGCGCUCGGCCGCGGCGUGCGGGUCUUCUACCGGCACGAGCUCACGGGCAUCUACGACGGAGGCGGCGACGCCCUCGCGGAGGGCGGCGCCUCGCUGCUCCACUUUGCAGGAGGCGGCGUGGCCCGCGCUUCAGCCGUCCUCCUCAACCUGCCUCGCCAGGCGGUAGAGCGGCUCGACCCGGCGUCCGUCGUGUUCGACAGGGGCCCGAGCAGACGGGCGAAACUGGCGACGACCAUCCUGACCAACUGCACGCCCUGCCAGGCGGGCCCUGUCGCCGAGGCGCACGAGGAUGUCAAGGUGUACGCCAUCUACGACCAUCCGUGGUGGGUCAGCAAGCUCGGCCUUGCAGAGGGAACCUUCGCGUCGGUCGACGCCGACCCGCCACUGGUGGGGCGAUAUCACGACGGACCGAUCCGUCGGAGAGGCAAAGACGCCCCCGGGCCAGCGGCGCUCGAGGCGGUCUACACCUUCACGCUCGAGCACCCGCAGGUCAAGUGGCGCAUCCACCUCGCCAACAACGAUUUCACGUGGACCGGCUACCAAGGCAAGCCGUGCUGCUGGGCGGAGCAGUCGCUUCGAGCGGUCGAGCGGAUCCUGGUGCGGGAGUGGGCGCUGCCACGGCCCGCGUGGCUCGACAAGCAGUACUGGACGGACCUGGUUGGCGAGGCGGACGCCACCGCCGCCUCCGCCGCCUCCAGCGAUGCUGCAGCAGCGGUGGCGUCCAGCGAUGAUGCUCUGCCGUGGACGUCCAGCGAUGCUGCAGCAGCAGCGAGCGACGCCGCAGGCGGCGCUCUGGCGAGCGGCGCGGGAGUGGCGGAGGCUCUCGCGACGCUCGAGCGACGCGUCUGA